AUUGGGGAAAGCUAAGACUGCAUUGGUCACAGGGUACGAAGUAUCGGGUGAUGAUGGUAUAUUAGAGAGGCUUCUCUACUGCCCAGUCAGUCUGCUGCAGGACUUCACACGGAGGUUGCAAAGGUUGCUUUUUUAUCCUUUGGAACACAAAAAGAUGAGAACUAACCAUUCUGGGCCUGAAAAUAUACACUAUUGCUUCGAAUCCUCAAACACUUCCUGCCUAAAGCACGUUUAUCCAACCACAAUACGAGCCUCUUUGUAUGUUCUGUUAGGGGCCACCGUGCUCCUCACUGUGCUGGGAAAUCUCCUCGUCAUUAUUACUAUAUCCCGCUCCAAACAGCUGCACACUCCCACCAAUUACCUCAUCCUCUCCCUGGCUGUCAGCGACUUCCUCCUGGGGGCAGUGGUCAUGCCGCCUAGCCUGAUACGUACCCUGGAAACCUGCUGGUAUUUGGGUGACUGGAUGUGUAAGAUCCACACCAGUAUAGAAACUUUACUCACUACAGGAUCCAUUUUUUUGCUUUAUUUGAUUUCUGUUGAGCGAUACGUUGCUGUUUCUCAGCCUCUGCUGUAUCACGCUUUGAUCACUAACUGUGUUGCCAAGUACAUGAUCCUAACCUGCUGGGUUCUUUCUGCUCUUGUCACCUUUGGGAUGGAGCUAAACAGCUUGAUAAUUCAGGAUGUUUACCUCAGACAGUUAAACUGUGAGGGAAGGUGUGCUGUGAUACUAGACAAGGUGUCAAGCAUAUUAUCUUCCCUUUUUGUUUUCUUCAUCCCAGGGUUAUUUAUGCUUGGCCUCUACCUGAAAAUCCUAGUUAUUGCACAUAAACAAGCCCAUUCAAUUCAGAUCUCAAUUCUUACGGCUGAGAAGCGGGAAAAGACCAGAAUCAUUCUGUCUAAGAUGGAGCAAAAAUCCACCAGGACACUGGGCAUAGUUACUGCUGUGUUCCUGUCCUGCUGGUCGCCUGGUUUUAUAUGCAUAAUAAUAGAUCCAGUCACUGGUUUAUCCACUCUGUACCUGUAUGACAUUCUUAUUUGGAUUUACUAUUUAAAUUCAGCAAUGAAUCCCAUAAUUUAUUCAUUCUUAUUUAAAUGGUUUAGGGAGUCGCUGAGAAAAGCUUUUAGGAAAAUAUUUAACAGUUUUUAUUAAUUUUAUUAUUGAGGAUACAGGUGAAAUGAUGGUCAAUGUAUAGUGUGACUGAGGUUUCUGUGUAUUAUUGUCUCAUUUACCACAUCAAUGUUAUCACACCUCUGAUACUGACUCCUAAAUCUGGUAAUUAUCUACACUGGCUAUCUGCCUUUAAUGUUAGGUCAUAAGCAAAGAUGGAGAAGUUUGUAAUAAUUGUUGUUUAUUACAAACGAAACACUGUUGUAUAAAUUAUAUAUAAUAUAUUAUGUACGUGGGGACGGCAUGGUGGUGCAGUGGUUAGCACUGUUGCCUCACACCUCUGGGACCCGGGUUCGAGUCUCUGCCUGGGUCACAUGUGUGUGGAGUUUGCAUGUUCUCCCCAUGUCGUCGUGGGGUUUCCUCCGGGUACUCCGGUUUCCCCCCACAGUCCAAAAACAUGCUGAGGCUAAUUGGAGUCGCUAAAAUUGCCCAUAGGUGUGCAUGUGUGAGUGAAUGGUGUGUGAGUGUGCCCUGCGAUGGGCUGGCCCCCCAUCCUGGGUUGUUCCCUGCCUCGUGCCCAUUGCUUCCGGGAUAGGCUCCGGACACCCCGCGACCCAAUAGGAUAAGCGGUUUGGAAAAUGGAUGGAUGGAUGGAUAUUAUGUACGUGGGGUGGCAUGGUGGUGCAGUGGUUAGCACUGCUGCCUCACACCUCUGGGACCCGGGUUCGAGUCUCCGCCUGGGUUACAUGUGUGUGGAGUUUGCAUGUUCUCUCCAUGUUGUCGUGGGGUUUCCUCCGGGUACUCCGGUUUCCCCCCACAGUCCAAAAACAUGCUGAGGCUAAUUGGAGUUACUAAAUUGCCCGUAAGUGUGCAUGUGUGAGUGAAUGUUGUGUGAAUGUGCCCUGCGAUGGGCUGGCCCCCCAUCCUGGGUUGUUCCGUGCCUCGUGCCAAUUGCUACAGACUCGUGCCCAUUGCUACAGACACUGCCAGCUGUACAGCCGAACCCUGAAUCAGGAGCAGGGAUCUUUAUAUUCAAAGAUGGCCUGAAACAUGAACAUCUGCAUUAAACAACCUUAACAAAUUGUAAAUGAUUCAAUAAACUGCUUCAACAAA